AUGUCAGCAGAGGUUCAUUACAAAGGUAGGUUAGUUGACUCAUCAUUCAUAAGACCCCAACAUCCCAUAAAUUUGGUAUUGUGUUUAGAUGGAACACAAAAUGAAUUUGGACUCUUACCCUUCUCCAACAGUUUAAGAUUUUUUCAACUAUUGGAUAAGGAUGAUGUUAGACAAAUAUCCUACUACCAACCAGGGGUGGGAGUUAAGUUUACUAGUUCGGUCAAUCAGAACGUUAUCAAUGGUAACCUCAAAACUUUAGGUAGACAGAUUGAUGCUGUAUUCGCUUUCACAUUUGAGCUACAUGUUAAAGCUGCUUAUAUGUUUCUAAUGAGAUAUUAUCAGCCUGAAGACCGUAUUUACAUCAUAGGGUUCAGUAGAGGAAGUUUUGCCGGAAGAAUUUUAGCAGGGAUGUUGGAAAGUGUGGGGUUGUUGAAUAAAGGAUUGGAAGAAAUGGUAAACACAGCUUGGGAGAUCUAUUGUAAUUGGGAGAAUUCAGGUCAACCCAAUAAUGAAGCUUUUGCAACCAAUUUGGUGACUGAGUUUCGUAAAACGUUCUGUAGGACUCAGGUUAAAAUCCGUUUCAUGGGAUUAUUUGAUAGUGUGAACUCUGUUGGUCUUUUGAAAGAUAAGAUGUUUCCUUAUACCAGUAAGAGCAGUAUUGUUGAACAUGUCAGACAUGCCGUAAGUAUAGAUGAACGUAGAGGGAAAUUCAAGCAAGUGCUUUUCGAAGCCUUCAGUUAUUUCCCCCACUUGACCGAUUUAGAAUAUGAAGAUUGUGUAGAUAUCGAUGAUAACAAGAGUUUUGUAUAUACGGGGAACGUCUAUUUGAACAGAUUGACCGACCUAAUUCGAAAACUUUUGGGCAGACCUCCAUUAAAUCGAAGAAUCGAUGAUGACUGUACUUGUCAGGACAUCAAAGAGGUUUGGUUUCCAGGUAAUCAUGGAGAUGUAGGAGGAGGAUGGAAACCUGAUGAGGGUACAAAUCAAUGUUUAUCUAAUAUGUCAUUAAGAUGGAUGUUAUCCCAAGCUAUUGAAUUUGGUAUAAUAUUCAGACCCCGGUCCAUUCAUGACUUUGAUCAAUCACAUCCUAAUUUAGCUACAUUCUUAUCCUAUAACCAUGAUAUUCUAUCGCUCAAACAUCAGAGAGAUAUGAACCACGAUCGAUAUUUGAAGUUACCAUCCUAUCCUAUAAUUGGAAGCAAAGGUAAUGGGGCAUCAUCAAUUUUCCAAGUAUUAUUCUGGUGGGCUAUUGAGCUACUACCCAUUGGGAUUAAGGUAGAAGAUGAGAAUGGUCAAUGGAAGAAUAUUUAUAUUCCCAAUUUGGGAAGAAAUCGUAAGAUGCCUCCUAAUGCUUCUUUGCAUUGGAGUGUAUUCUAUAGAUUACAUUAUUUCAAAGAUUAUAUGCCUGGGAAUCUACCUGAUGAUCUUGGCCCAAAAUUUUUGUCUCUGAUUGGUUUUUCCUCAUUAGCAGCCACCCCAGAAUAUCAACACUUCGCUGAAAACCUAACAAUAGAGAAAAUCAAGAACGAUUGGAAUUCUAAUGUUUGGCAAACAUUACCUGAUGAACUACAAGAGAUUUUAAAAGAAAAUCCAGAUAUUUGA